AUGAUGUAAAAGGCUCUAAAUACUUUUGAAAAGAUAGAUAUAUUUGGUGUCCCUAUUUAACUCUUAUCUAAUACAAAUAAUCAAAGAUACUAAAGUAAAAGUUGGAGGGGUUUAGUAUACCCCUUAUAUGUGAUUGUUCUAUGGAGUGACAACAAAAUAGCACCCACUAUCAGUUCUAAUACAAUAACAAUUGGUUAUGCUGAAUCUUAAGUAUAAGAAUCUAUGAUUCAAUUAUCAUUGGAAGACUUCACUGGUGAUGUUGAUCCUUUCAAGAAAGAGAAUAAUAUAAUUACACCACUCUUAGUGACUCUUAUGAAUACAACUGUUUAAGCAAAACCAAUUCCUUUGUUUUCAAAUGACUAAAAUCCUUAUAUAAUCGAAUUGAGUAAUGUUAGCCUUGUGUUAAAUACAUUGGAUUCUUAAUCUCAAAACAAAAAAACAUAAGAAUAACAUUCCAUUUUUCUUGCAAGAUGUUAAAAUUAAUUUCUCAUUGAAGGAAGUUACUGUGCUGAUGAUAAAACAAUAGAUGAGUAUAUAUCUAAAUUUCAUGGGUUUUUAUUCAUAAAAAUCAAAUUAAGCUAAUUAAAUUCAAUUACAUAAGAAUUAGAACAAUUUAAAAAGUUGUAUUAUACAAAUUUUGAUGUUAAAAGACACAAUACUCUCAAAUAAUUUUGA